UCAUCAGCACAACAGGAAGUGAGAAGAAGAAAUCUGGAAGAACUGAAUGCACUUGUUUAUUUGCAAAGACCACAUGGUUCCUCAUUCUAGUCCAAGCUUUCAGAAGUGUUCAGAAGUCAACCCAAGUCAACCCAGCUAAAAUCGAAAUUAUGUGCAACUGCAAAAAAACACUCUGCAGUACAAAGCAGUGUAAGUGCAGGAAAACUAGCACCUUCUGCUCUGAGGAAUGUGGAUGUUCGGAGGACCGUUGCCAAAACCGACCAGAGGCUGAAGAUGCAUCGCAAAGUGAAGAGGCUGGUGCUGAAGAUGCAUCGCAAAGUGAAGAGGCUGGUGCUGAAGAUGCAUCGCAAAGUGAAGAGGCUGGUGCUGAAGAUGCAUUGCAAAAUGAAGAGGCUGGUGCAGCUGCGAAGGCUCUGGCUUGGGCGGAUCUUUGGAAGUCAGUUGACAGUGAGAGAGAACUGCUGGAAUCAAUAUCUCACUUCAGAGUCAUGCCCAAAAGACUUGCAGCGAUCAUGGAAAAGAGGAAAGGAGACUUUGAUGAGAUGACAGCAUUGCUCGCAGAAAUGAAUGGCUUAUCAAUGGCAAAUGCUGAAGAACUCACUGAAGGCGAAUGGAAAUUAUUUGAGCAACAAUUGGUCCAGUGCACAAAAUGUGAGCGCAAAUUUCAUCAGGAGAGAAUUGAAAAACAUGAAGGCAUUUGCCAGCGGAGAACGUUUUUAAAACAAUAGUAAUGUUUCUUGUGUAAUGUAACGUUGUAAUGUUGUAAUGUCGUAACGUUGUAAUUUUGU